AUGGUGCAAACGGCGGGUAAAUCAAUCCCUGAGCUACCAAAGCCUAACAGUAAGACAACGUGGAACAGUCAACAAUGCAAAGAGUUGAUACGCAUCACUGAGAGAGCGCGAGUCAGUACUCACACAGAAUUAAACCAAGACUUGUACAACGAAUAUCAAAAAAGCGGCGAUAGAAAGUCUUAUGAAGAUCCAUACUUUCUUAGAAGAGUCCAGUUGACCAGCAACGCUAUUUAUUGUUAUGGACUGAAUGAAAUCCGCGACGUAGCUUCUUACAUUCAAUUCCUUCAUGCCGCUAUUGUCAACAUUUGUGAUGAACCAACUUGGGUUGUGCCAGCUCAUACCAGAUGCAAGGUAGAUUUGUUCAACGCCGAAACUGCGUUCGCUCUAGCGCAAGUAAUGGAAGUUGUAGGACAUAUGUUGGAUGGAAACCUCGUCGCCAGAGUGUAUCAAGAAAUUGACAAGCGAGUUUUAACUCCGUACGAGCAAUCUGGACGAUCGGAGUGGUGGUAUACAUCACCCAGCAACUGGAACGGAGUCGUCAAUUCCUCUGUUGGAGCCUGUUUUCUUCUGGUGCCAAUGGAUCCUGAUAGAGCUAUCCGUGGCGUAUCACAAGCUUUGGAGGGUCUGAAACACUAUCUGAACAAAGGCUUUGGUCUUGACGGAGCUACGGUUGAAGGCGUGGGGUAUUGGCAAUAUGGACUAUCCUACCUUACAGCCUUUUUCGAGAUGAUAAGAGCAAGAUCACUUGGGGGUAUUGAUUUACUACAAGAUCCAAGGAUAAUGUCUAUUGCCUCUUCUGCGCGGAAGUUACAACUAGGGCCCAAUAAGUUCGCGCCGUUCGGAGACGCAGAGGAAGACAAGAUGACCUUCAGUCCUGGUUUCAUAUCCAGACUAGCCGAGCGACUGAAUCAGCCUGAACUUCGUAACAUGCUGGCAAUACCAACAGGUGGUUCUUUUUCACAAUCUAAUGUGGCAAUGUCUAAGAGCGCCCUCGUCUUCCGCGAUUUAGCCUGGUGGGACGGCAGUCUACCGCAACCUCCUAUCGAACUGAGUGAUGCCGUCCUGCCCAACACCGGCGUAGCAAGAAUGGUAAUCGGCUCAUCUCAUUCUCCUCAACUUGUUAUCAUAGCGAAGGCUGGCCACAACGGCGAGGAGCACAAUCAUUGUGAUAUUGGGUCGUUUGUUGUGCAUUUCGACGGUGAGAACUACAUAACCGACCCCGGUAAAGGAUUGUAUACAAAGCAGUACUCUGAUCCUAAGACGCGAUACUUAUCGGACUGGCCAAAGUCAAUAAUACACUCAGUCCCCAUCCUCUCACAGCAAAUUCAAGGUGUUGGAAGUGAAUAUUCUGGUACCAUAUCCAAUGUUACUGUCCAGGAUCAUACAAAAAGCAUCCAGAUAGACAUGACCAAAGCCUAUGUGCUUUCGACAUUGAAGUCCUUCCAGCGAGUCAUCAGAGCAUAUGAGGAACCGGAGGGUUAUGUUGUCGAACUAUCCGACACCUUGGAUGCUACUCAAUCAGUCACCGUUCUGGAAGGAUUUAUGACCUAUCUACCAAACCGACAAACCGCUCCAAAUCAGGUUUCUCUGUUUGGAAAGAAUGCCACGCUGGAAAUGACCGUCGUUCAACCUUGCACUGGAAACGAAUUGUUUGUUGUACAGGAACUCGAGGACGUUUGUAGAGAACAAAAGAAAACCAAAAGUUUGUUCAAGAUUAGUCUUUUACUUUAUCGGAAUCUGCAACAGCAAACUGUGAUUGUGAGGUUCACUCUACGCAAAAAUGCUGCAAAGAGCCUGUAA